CCAUCCGGUAUGCUGGAGAAGGCGGGGAUGCGUGUGUGAGAAAUGCCGCUCUCGUGGUUUGGGAUACAAAAAUGCUCGAUUCUUUUCGAACGCAGCUUCGCCAGAAGUAAAGGCCCGCAUUUGUGAUCGACCAUCCACUCCAAGGCUUGAGGCAUGAGCGGAAAGGUGGAACGCGCGCUGCCCGCAUGGACCACUGAGUACCUACAACGUUGCUUCGCCAAUGAGAAGGUGUGCGUGUCCUUUGCCCUCUGGAUUGCGGCGGCGGUGCUGUGGAUAGUUGCAGACUCCUUGCUGCUUUUUCAGCUUCUUAGAACAAAAGGAAAACAUUACAGUAUCUCUGUGCAUUGUAUUGUGUAUGGCUUCAUUGGAAACCUAAGUAACACAGUGGGUGCUCUCUUAGCCAACCAAUUGACCAUACAGAUCUUCACUGGAAUGUACAUGGCUGCUGCAGAUCUUGUUAAUUUUAUUUUCUUCUUCUUUCCAUUCUGUAAAUGGAAAUCAGCCAGACAAGGUAGUGGAAAGAAAAGAAGGAACAGCAGAAAAAGAAACAGUUUGCUGCUUCUAUUCUUGCUGCCUCUAUCUGUGGGGUCAGGGUAUUGGACCUGGCAGAGUAUAAGUAGGCCUAAUGUAUUGCAAACCAAGGACUCCAGACGACGUCUUUUGAGUACCUUUCUGCAGGAGAAUACUGAUGUUAUAGGAUAUGCAUUGGGACUGGUAGCGCUCACCAUAAGCUGGACAUCCAAAUGCCCUGAUAUUCAAAAAAUGUACAAUGGAAAGAAAUUCUCCUAUACCCAGGUGUGGUCUCAGAUCUUUAAAAUCCUUGCCAGUGUUAUCUAUGCAUCAGCAAUAUUGUGCCAUGACAAGCAGACUGACUACAUACUGAAGGCCUUGCCAUGGAUAUUAAACUCAUUGGGCACUGCAGCAAUUGACAACACAAUUCUUUUGCUUAAUUACCUGAGAGUGACCAAGGUUGCUCACCAUAUAGGUCUAGACCAGGUUCUAGCAGAAGAACAAGACACCCAGGUGCUCCUGAGCCCUGUUUAUCAAGACAUGGAAGAGAUAGAGGAAGAGAUCCAGCUUGAAGCCACAGGGAAGACGAAAUCUGAAUGGGUACCACUCACUACUAUUCCCAACAAUCGUUAUCUUCAAAAGAUGGCUGAGAUUGGACACUAUAUGGAUCUGAGCAUUCAGACAGUUCAGGAGAUCUCAUUUGGAAUGAUAAGACUACAACGAGAGGGGCGGUAUAGCCCAAGUGAAUGCUUUUAUUCAGUAGACAACUCUAAGACCCUGGAACCUCCAUCCUAUCCUCCUUUAAAGGUGAUCAAUGUGGAGUUGUCUUCUUCUGUUGCUUCUUCAGAUGUCAUAUCCCUGAAUUCAGAGCUUGAGCAAAAAUAUAUGGAAGCCUUAAACUCAGAACAGUGGGAUUUUGAAGAUAUGGAUCAGAAUUGGAAUAAAGGACUAAAUACAGACCCAGAGGAUGUAAACAAGGGAGCUUCAAUUCACCAAGACUUGGUCAGAGAACCCCAGACGGACACUGCCUCACAUGCUAUAUCAGAUUUCUGGUACUAUGAAGGCAGAGUCAUGAUGACGGAUGAGAGAGCCUCUGCCAUUCUUGCUGAUUAUGAAGAGGAAAUAAGGAGGACUGGAAAGUAAACAAAAACUCUAAUUUAGUCUUGAAAUUUCUUAGCUUUAAUCUGCAGUAGUUGCAAUAUUUCAAGAGGAAAUAUGCCAAACUGGAAAAACUGAAUAAAUAUCAAGUAUCAUCAUUAUUUAAGGUACAACCAUAUAUGCAUAUGUGUUUUGUAUUGUUGAAGAACACAGUUUUCAAUUGGGAUGUAUUUUAUACUGCCAGCUAUUUGUAAAUCUUAUUUGAAUGCUUUUUCUUGUUGGGUAUUGGAUUUAUAAAUAGUGUAAUGUGAAUUUCAACUUUUCCCUCUUGUUGAAACAGAAAAUACACUAUGGUGAUAAAGCUGCUACUUUAUAUGCUGAAAUUACAAAAAAGACAAGCCAUUUUAAAUAGAAAUUUAACGUUAAAAACUAUCUUAGUGUUAUGUUCUGACAGCCUUGCACUUUCCUAAAGCAUAACACUGGUACUGGCUGUGUGGAAGAUUCAGUGUUCCUCUGGGCAAAUGCAAAGAGCAGCAUUUGACACUUUUCAAACUAUUCUGCAUCAUUUCUUAACACUUGCAAAAUUGUAAAGCCACCUCAUCUUGAGUCUCUGCUCUGUUAUGGGAAAUGUAUGUCACAGCUAAUGGUUUAAGUAAACAGCCCAAAUUAUCAGCAAAUCCCUAAAUUUCUUUAAAGGCCACAAAGAAAACAAAAGGCCUAAAUGUAGCAAAAAUAAAAAGGCCCAAAAGAUGAUCAAAAGUCCAAAAGAGUUAAACCGGGAGAUGCAUCCAAACGGCAAAACAAACAAAAAUUAAAUAAAAUGAAGUGACCGAAACUCUGGCAUGAGGCAAAAAUCACAGUCAAAAUUCCAGCAAGAAGUUGAAAACUUGGCAAGACACAAAAAUAAAUCAGGAAGAGAAUACAGUAAAGGUUUAGAAGGAUUUAUGCGCAGAUCACAAAAAGCAAAAACCUUUUAUCCUGUCUGCUGAUGAAUUUGCAGUCACAGUCCUGAAAACCAAAAACUUACAAAUUUGGGAUGCGACCAUCAGAAUAACAUACACAUCCAGUGCCUUAUUUAUAUACUACCUUUAAAAAUGGUAGAAAUACUGGAGUGGUGCUAAAGAAAACUAGCAAUUACAAAUAUGAGUUGAAAAGCCCAUACUGGCUACAGCCCACUGAGGUUCCAUUCAGACUGCAAAUUGUUGUUUGAUUUUUCAAAUUAGUUUUACAAGCAAUUCAAAUCUGAUAUCAUUGAAUAUUAAAGCUGCAAAAUUAAUACAAAUUUAUUAAAUGUUAGUUCAUCAGAUAGAUGUGACCUAAUCAACAACCAUGAAUAGCAACUACAUGUAUUGUUUAAAUGUGUAAUAUACUGUAUGCAAUUGGUCUGCUGACAAUGGCAAGUGCUUUAAAUGUGUCAGCAAGACUUUCCUAGUUAAAUAUGCAUUUGAGGCAUGCUUUGCACUAAACAUGUAGUAAUUGGACUAUAUUGCCACGCUUUCUUCCUUCCUUCCUUCCUUCCUUCCCUCCUUCCUUUCUUUCUUUCUCUCUUUCUUUUAAUUUGCAUUUCAUGUUUAUUUAAAAAGAUUGAAUCUAUAUCACAGAGAAAUAUUGUAAUUUUUUGAAUAGCAGUAGAAACAGAUAAAUUUACAGUGGCUGUAUUUGGCCCUAUUUAUUUGAACUGCUAGCUAACUAGGUAGUUUACAUUGAUGAUGACUGUACAAUUGUAAUUUUGCUAUUCAAUCCAAUACUUAUAAUUAUACUUAGACACAAGAACUAAAAGGCUAUUAUACUCACAAGAUUCAUUGAAAUUGAAGUAUAAUGAUUAUUUCUGAACAUUGUACUCUGUAAGAAAUUAAACAGACCAUGACAAACAGUUGGGGCACCACCCGGUGACACUGUAUAAUUGGAAUGCAGUUGUGCAAAGAAAAAUGGAUGUCUUUUCAGAUGGGAGUUCCACAAUAAACUGAUUUCAUAAUUGUCAAA